ACAUGUUUGCGCAGAUGGUGGCGAGGAAUGGCAACUUGUCGUACUCGGUCGAAGUCAUGGCUACGCUCGGAGAUGUGCAGAACGCGGUGGCCAUCGAUGAGUUUGGCGUGGGCAUUGGCGCCAUUUCCAUGACGACCGAGCGCGAGAAGGACUUUGACUUUUCACAGUCGUAUUUUUCUUCUGGCCUCGACGUCCUGCUCCUCCGCGAGUCAAUCAAGCCGAACCUGAUGCUCAUCUUCCUCCCGUUCGACUGGUACAUUUGGAUUUCUGCCACCCUGCUGCUCUUUUUCUCGGGGCACGUCAUCUGGUGGUUUGAGAGCGACUACCAGCCCAAGAUCUUUCCGCGGUCGUACUUGGCCGGUGUCAACCAGGGCGUGUGGUACGCAUGGGGCACGCUCACCAAGACCAAGGCUGCUGACCUGCGCGGCUUCCCGUCGCGCAUGUUCUCUGUGGGCUGGACCUCGCUGACAAUCAUCUACAUUGCGGCGUACACAGCAAACCUGGCGACAAUCCUCAUGGUCGAGCAGCUGCGGUCCGACGUCACCGAGGUCUCGCAGCUCAACACCAACGAUGUGACCCUGGCGAUGGUCGCCGAGUCGACCGCGAUUGCGUGGAGCGCUCGCAACCUACCGCACACCCAGUUCAAGGUUGUGCCGUCGAUCGAUGACGCCUGGGCGGCGCUGCAAGCAGGCGAGGUCCUGGGCAUCUUGUUCGACGCGCCGACGCUGCUCUUCCUCUCCAACAUGCUCGACCUCGAAUCCAAGUUUGACUUGCUCGGCAACCGGCUGACCAAGGACAUCUACGGUUUCUUGCUCCACGAAAACUCGCCGCUUAAGGCCGAGAUCGACCUGGCGAUUAUGGACCUCGAGUCUGACGGCGUGCUCGACUCGAUCUGGCGCGAGUGGUUCACCCGGCAGCACCAGGCACCGCUGCCUCCAGGCGCGACGGAGCUCUCGUUUACGGCCUUCUCGGGCAUGUUUGUCAUUGUGGGCAUUGGCCUCGCUGCCGCUAUUGUCUCGUAUGUCUGGCUCGCGUUUGCGCCCAAGGCGUGAUGGCGCGAUGGCGCACCGGCACGUGUCAGCGACGCGGGUGUCAUGCGUUGUCGGACGCUGCGCACGCCGCCGUC